CAUGCCAGGUCCGCCACCGCCCAGGAGCAGGAGCUGCAGGGGCUGGUAUAAAUCCUUAACAUGGGGCCAGCCUCCCUCCCAGCUCUGAGCACCGAGGGAUGGCCGCUCCCUGGGCCACGCGGCUGCUGCUCAUGGCAGCCUGGAGCAUGGGCUGUGGUGAGGCCUUCAGGUGCUACUCCUGCGAGCGGCCCACACCCAUCUACGCAUGCAAAAACAUCACCUACUGCAAGCUGGAGGACACCGCCUGCAAGACCACCCUGGAGAAGGUGGAGAGCGAGUACCCCUUCGACCAGAGCCCCAUGGUGACCCGCUCCUGCUCCAGCUCCUGCCUAGCCACUGACCCCGACAGCAUCGGGGCUGCCCACCCCAUCUUCUGCUGCUUCCGUGACCUCUGCAACUCAGCGGAGAGGGCCAAGCUGGGGGCUGGGACUCUGGCCACACUGGGGGCAGUGCUCCUUGGGCACCGCCUCUCCUGACAGGGCCUGGCGCUGCCUGCGGCCACCUCUGCCUCCAUGUCUCCAUGAGUGCUCACUGGGCCUCAGGCCCUCACUCUGUCCCCGACGCUUGUAGAAAAUAAAACAGCCAA